AUGGCAAAAGUGAGAUCUGAUUUGAAGAAGGUGGAGGAGUCAAUUAACAAUCUCACCAAGUUGAUUAAUGGAAUCAAGAAUCUAGUAGCUGAAAAAGUACCGGAUAGAGUAAAUUGUAAUGUAGAUGAAGGAUUGGAUGGGUUAAAUGGUAGAGGUUACCAAAUUCCUAGUUACAAAUAUCCUAACAAUCAUGUUGGAGUGAUGAAUAACAAUUUUGAAGGAGUUAUUGGGGAAUAUAGUUACAACUACAAUACUCAUAUGUCUAAGCCGAUUGUCAAGGUAUAUGCUCCACUAUUGCGGUAG